AUGCGCAUCGUGACAGUCGUAUUGCUAUCAAUUUCGCUAUUCUGUACUUUCCAACACAGUCACGGAUACAACAUUCUAGGUAUUUGCCCAAGUGCAAGUUACAGCCACCAACAAUCUUUUCAAGCAUUGAUGAAAGCACUGGCGUUUCGUGGUCAUAAGGUUACCGUUUUAUCAACAAUUCCCUUAAAGAAUGCUCCACCGAAUUAUGAGGACGUUGACUUAUCAUUUUCAUAUAUAAAAAAAGAUUGCACAGGAUUACGACAUGUAGGAGCCUACGCGAUCUUCCAUCAAAAUUUAGUGGAAGCAAACCUUUUAUGCAGACAUCAAUUGUUCAGUCCUGCUGUUGACAAACUUAUAGCAAGCAACAAGACAUUCGACGCAAUCAUUAUCGAACAAUUAUGGUACCAAUGUUAUUACGCCCUCGUAAAGCACUACAACUUCCCCGUGCUGAUUGGAUUUUUGAGCGUAGGCAACUUGCCCUACGUAAUGGAUUCCGUAGGAAAUCCAGACGAUCCUAACUUUAAUCCAGACAUGACGUAUCCAUUCACGGAUAGAAUGACAAUCAAUGAGCGUAUAAUGAAUAUCCUUUACACAACAUAUACAAGAUUAUAUUAUCGAUACUGGCAUCUACUAAAGGCUCAACGCAUAGCUAACGAACGGACUUCCGGCACAUCCGUUUACAACAUCGAUAAAAAUUUCAGUCUAGUGAUUUUGGGCAACAAUCAUGUGUUCGGUUAUCCAAAGCCGCUACUGCCACAUGUGAUCGAAGUUCACAGUUUGCAUAUUUUGGAAAACCCUGGUUCCUUGCCUAAAGAUGUCCAGGAAUUUCUAGACAAUGCUCAAGAUGGUGCUAUUUAUUUCUCUCUGGGCUCAAAUCUGCAAACUGACCAACUACCCGCUGGACCUUUGACCGCAUUGUGCAACGCCCUAGGCUCGCUUAAACAAAGAGUUCUAUGGAAACAUGCCGGUAACAUGGCCAUUCAUGCGACCAACAUCAAAUUUGUAAAGUGGGUGCCUCAACAAGCAGUACUGGGGCAUCCCAAGGUGGUAGCGUACAUGAUGCAAGGCGGAUUGCAAUCGUUGCAAGAGGCGGUGCACUAUGCCGUGCCUGUAGUCGCAAUACCCUUUUUUGGAGAUCAGUAUUUCAAUGCACGUAAAAUCCUAGACGCCGGUAUCGGACUGACACUGGACAUCGACACCAUAACCGAAAACGCCAUCGUACAAACGCUCACGGAAAUCGUCAAAAAUAAAACGUAUUUGAACAAUAUCAAAACAAUGUCUGCGAUAGUACAGGAUGAAUUAAUGAAACCUAUAGACAGGGCAGUGUGGCAUGUAGAACACGUAUUGAAAUUUCCAAACUCGAGACAUUUACGAUAUCAUGGACAGGAUAUGUCAUGGAUUCACUAUUAUGCUACAUAUCUAUACUUGGGUACAGAUUUCGCUUUAUUAUUAUACAUCAGUUAUAUAUUGUACAACAAAAUUGUUAGUCCUUUUGUAACAUACGCGAGUAACUUAAAACGAUGGAUAAGUAACUUGAAACGGAAACUCGAUUAA